AUGCUGCUGCUGCUACUGCUGCCCCUGAUGUGCACAGGCUCCCUGGCUCAGGAUUCUUAUUGGCUGAAAGUACAGGAGUCGGUGAUGGUGCAGGAGGGCCUGUGUGUGUAUGUGCCCUGCAGAUUCGCCCACCCUUGGAUACUCUAUGAUUACCGUACCCUUCCUCACGGCUACCGGUUCAGGGAAGGAGCUAAUAUAGACACAGACACUCCAGUGGCCACAAACAACCCAAAGCAUGAAGUGCUGAAGGAGACCCACGGCCACUUCCUCCUCCUCGGGGACCCCAAGGACUACAACUGCUCCCUGUUCAUCAGAGACGCCAGGAAGGAGGACCAGGGGAAAUACUUUUACAGGGUGGAGAGAGGAGGGUUAAAGUACAGUUACACAAGGACUCUGCUUAACCUGCAUGUGACAGCCCUGACCCACACCCCUCACAUCCUCGUCCCAGAAAUGCUCCAGUCUGGCUGCUCCAGGAACCUGACCUGCUCUGUGCCCUGGGCCUGUGAGAGGGGGACACCCCCCAGCUUCUCCUGGAUUGGGGAUGCCGUCACCUCCCAGGUCUCCAGCAGCCUCUUAUCCUCAGUGCUCACCCUCAAGCCACAGCCUCAGGACCAUGGCUCCAACCUCACCUGCUGAGUGACCUUCCCUGGGGCUAAUGUGACUGUGG